AUGGAGUGGGAGGACAGGGAAGGCACCGAUGAAUUGUUUCUAACGCUGAAGAACGAGAUGGAAGACGCGAAAGCGCACGGAGAUCUCGAUUUACUGAAAGAUGAAGCGUUGCAGUCUGCAAUGGCGACGGCCUCCAACUUGACGCAAUGGGCUGCAGGUGCUGUGCGCCGAGCACUGCAAGCACACUCUCUGCAACACGGUGGAAGAAUUGCAAGUCCAAGUGGCACAAUAGAAAGGCUCGGCACUCAGUCAACGCCUACAAAGGGAACGGCGGAGGCUCCACUUGAGCUGCUGGAUGAAGACGACGAGUCGAAGUCUGACACCAAGAACGCUGACGUUGUUGUUAUUGACGACGAGGUAGACGAAGUUUCAGCACAGACCGAAGCGGAGGAAAGUAUUGAGAGUCUGCAAGCCGCCUUAGCCGCUUCAAUUGAUAGCGAGCAAGAGCAAGAGGAAGCUGGAGGUGCUCGUGUGCGCUAUCUUCAGUAUUCACAGCCAGCUGAGUCCGCUCUACCCAGUGAUACGGACCUCAAGAAACUCCGCAGUCGACAACUGCGUGACGCCGAAGGCAUCACGGACGAUAUGGUGGCUGAAGUCAUGUCACUUUUGCGUUUAUUUGGAGUCCCGUUUCUGGUGAGUCCCAUGGAAGCUGAAGCUCAGUGUGCCGCUCUCGAACAACUUGGUCUUGUGGACGGCGUUAUCACUGAUGAUAGCGACAUCUUCCCUUUUGGUGGCCAGAGAGUCUACAAGAACAUUUUCCACCACCAGAAAUUCGUCGAAGCAUUUUCUGCUCGUGACAUUGAACAAGAGUUGGGGUUCUCACGAGAACAAAUCAUCGCCUUGGCGUUACUUCUUGGUAGCGAUUACACGGAUGGCGUACGGGGUAUUGGCAUUGUAAAUGCUACUGAGAUCGCGGCUGCGUACCCGAAAAUUGAGGGUCUGCGUGAGUUUAAGGACUGGGUCGGUGAGUUUAACGUUGCAGAAGAAGCCCAGCGUGGAAAAGAAGACGAGUCGGGAGGAGACAGCGAUAGUGAAGACGAAACAGUUCGCGAACGAUUCCAGCGGUCUCAUGCCACUGCGCGACGGAAAUGGGAGCUAGGAGACGAGUUCCCAAGCAAGCAGGUGGUGCAAGCGUAUAUGAGUCCGCAAGUGGAUCGCUCCGACGCUAGAUUCUCCUGGAGUGCUCCGGAUGUGGCUUCACUGCGCAACUAUUGCGCUAAGGCGUUUGGAUGGGAUCAGCAGAAGAGCGAUGGCGUGUUAAAGCCUCUUGAGGAGAAGGCACGAGAUGCAGCUGCUUCUGGUGGUAGACACAUUCAGACGCGACUCGAUCGGGUCUUCACGACUUACGAUGACCAAGUGCACUACGCGAAGAUCAAGAGUAAACGCUUGCGUUCUGCUGUCAACCAACGCACUGGCAGUAAGACUGACAAGAGCAAGAAGCAGAAAAAGUGA